UCUGUGCUCCUCAGAAGCUAACGUUAGCUAGCAAGCUGUCAAGCUGUCAAGUGGAGAGGCUGGGACAGACGUUUCAGCUUCCCCCUGGCUUGGCCACUCAAAGCUCCGGCCCACAAAUUUACAAGAAAAUCUGUUAGAAUAUACUUAAGAUCGCCAGCUGAGAUAAUGUAAUGCAACACGGGCGUUCGCCAAGAGGGACCUCCGCACUUACACAAUUUAUAUGCACUGAGUCUUGAGUGACGAUUGCUCAUUGCUAGCUAACUGGCUAGCUAGCCUAGCUAAACCGCCGCAAACCCUCUAGUUUCGUCGGUGUACCCUCUCUGGUGUGAACUGCGGCCAGUCAGUCCUGGUCACUAUCGCAGCUUCCGUUGCUGUCAACUGGUAUUUUGAAAAUUUGGUUUUAAGAGGGACACAAUGGGUGCAUUUCUGGACAAACCAAAGAUGGAAAAAUAUAAUUCCCAUGGUGAGGGUAACAACCUGAGGUAUGGGCUGAGCAGCAUGCAGGGUUGGCGGGUAGAGAUGGAAGAUGCACACACAGCAGUAAUUGGUCUGCCUCAUAGCCUCGACCUCUGGUCAUUCUUUGCUGUUUAUGAUGGGCAUGCUGGCUCUCAGGUGGCCAAGUACUGCUGUGAGCACCUGCUGGAGCACAUCACCACCAACUCAGACUUCCAGAGUGCUCUGCAGGAGGACCCCUCUGUGGAUAGUGUGAAGAAUGGGAUCCGCACAGGAUUUCUGCAGAUUGAUGAACACAUGCGAACCAUCUCCGAGAAGAAGCAUGGUGUGGACCGCAGUGGCUCCACCGCAGUGGGAGUGAUGAUUUCUCCAAGCCAUACCUACUUUAUCAACUGUGGCGACUCACGGGGGCUCCUCAGCCGGGGCGGAGCUGUGCACUUCUUCACACAGGAUCACAAACCAAGCAACCCUCUGGAGAAGGAAAGGAUCCAGAAUGCCGGUGGCUCAGUCAUGAUCCAGCGAGUUAAUGGGUCCCUAGCUGUCUCUCGGGCUCUGGGAGACUUCGACUACAAAUGUGUGCUUGGAAAAGGCCCUACAGAGCAGCUUGUUUCUCCUGAGCCUGAAGUUUAUGCAAUAGAGAGAUGCGAAGGGGAAGAUGAAUUCAUUAUACUAGCUUGUGAUGGCAUCUGGGAUGUCAUGGCCAAUGAGGAACUGUGUGACUUUGUUAGGUCAAGGCUAGAGGUGACAGAUGAUCUUGAAAGAGUCAGCAAUGAAAUUGUUGACACCUGCUUGUACAAGGGAAGCCGGGACAAUAUGAGUGUCGUGUUAAUCUGCUUUCCUGGCGCCCCAAAGGUAUCUCCAGAAGCAGUUAAACGGGAGGCUGAGCUGGAUAAAUAUCUGGAGGCCAGAGUAGAAGAGAUCAUCAAAAAGCAGGGGGAUGAAGGUGUCCCGGAUUUGGUCCAUGUUAUGCGGACGUUAGCAUCUGAGAGCAUCCCUAACCUCCCCCCUGGAGGAGAGCUGGCAAGCAAACGAAGUGUUAUUGAAGCGGUGUACAACAAACUCAACCCCUACCGAAGUGAUGACACAGACUCUGCAUCCACAGACGACAUGUGGUAACACAACCUCCUACCACUAACACAGCAUAGAGUUUACAAACCACCAUCCUCUCAAGACCCACAGCAGCUCAGCUCAGCAGUCUGUCUCGCCGUCACUCUGAGCUUUUGGUUUCUAAGAAGGGAAUUUCAUGGGAGGAGGAGGAGGAAGAGGAGUUGCAUGCACACAAACCUGGAAUAGUGCAGCACCAGUCCACUCUGGAGUUCAGGAUCCUCACCGUCUUGUCUCCCAUUUAUGUUCACCCACCUAAAUAUUCUCCUCUAAAGUAAUCCAUAACAAGUGAGUCCGCAAGGUUUUCUUUCUUUUUGUUAAAUAAUCAGCUUAAGUAGUACAAUUUUUUGCUGUAAUUAAUUUGAUUCACAUUUCCUUGUGUGUGUUUGUAUAUUUCUGUUUUUGUGAAGUGCAAUUGUCCUGUACAAACAGCCUGUAUUUAAUGCAGCUUGAUUUUAAGUUAAAAAAUGAAAGAAAUGAAAAAGAGAACCUUUUAUGCACUAUCUGCCUUUUCCUGCUCUUCUGGAAUUCUAACAAAUGUCUGUUCAGUGGAUAUUACUGCUUGUCCUCCAGGCACAAUGUCUCUGCGCUUUUACUUUUCUUUCGUUCGUUCUUUCUUUCUUUUUUUUCAGUUAGUCUAUGCUCCUUUAAGAAACGGGUAAAUUGUAUAGUUGACAGCACAGUAAGCUCUCUAUAUCAAACCAUUUAAAUCCUAAUUAUUUUUUUCCCUGUGCUUUUUUUAUUGUAUUUUAUUUUUGUAAGUGGUUUUCUGUACAUGCUCGAAUAAUAAUGGCAAAGUGUUUCUCAGUUUGGAAGUGUGAAGCAAAAAAAAAUCUUUUUUUCAUUUCUUUGAGGCGUCUGAUGAAAAAAAAUACCCCUGUUAACACAUUUGUGUGUGCGGAUAGAUACUUGCAAGCGUGCGUGGGUGCUUGUGUGUAUGUAUGUGCGCACGUACGUUAGUGUAAAGGCAGAUCUGUGUGUGCGACUCUAAUUCAAAUUUGCUGAGGUGGUUCAGACAACAGACAAGGCUGGAGCUUAAGGGAAUUGCCCAGUGCUUACCCAUUGCCUGCCCCUUUUUUCAGCCAUUGUUCCAUAUCAACCCAAGACAGGCUCUCACUACUUCUUAUUCCAAAAAGCUUUGGAUAACAGAGUUUACAUGCUGUUACGCUAUUUGAACAACUUCAAGCUAUAUAUCAGAACUAUACAGAUAUCUGAGAUGACACAAGUAGUUCAAUUUACCCAUGGUGUACAAUGGUUUGCAGCUAGUCAGGUCUUGACUAAUUUACACAUCUAUUGUGUCAUAUUUUAAUAUUGCUUUCUAAACAUUCAUUGUUACCAGUGCCCACUGUGGGUGCCAUAUAAUUUAUGAUCAGUUGUUUCAGCUUUAUGACAGCCUAUGCCAAGUUUUUUUCCAUGAGAUUCAGUUUUUGUACGUGGUACAGAUAGAUUUUUAGCUUCUACCUUUAACAUUUGAUAAUUUGUCUGAUGUGAACCGUUUAAGCACUGACUGUUUUAGAGAAAAUCACCCAAUUACUAGUUUUAAGAUAGGAGAAACUGUUGACUCUAAAACUUACAAGGCUUUUUUUCCCACAUGCUCUUUAUUUGGACUUUCAAACCAAGAACAAAUCCACUAACUGCAAUGAGUUCUCAUGGUUGUAUAGCACCUUUUUAUUCCCAUUGGGUUUGCUCUGCUUAAAACCCUCCCCUUCGCCACCACAAGCCAGAGCACAAUACAGUUUGCUGCUAUAGUGUAUGAUCUGUGGGUUCAUUUUUUUUCCAGUUGAUUCCCCUCUUGAAAAGAUGAAUAGUCAUUGACUAUAUCUGUAUCUAACACACACAGUAGAUAUAUUUCUUGAAGAGAAAUGGUUUUAUUUCAGAUUUAUUUUCUGCCAUUUUUUGUCUAAAAUUGCAUUGUUGGAAAUUUAUGUAUGUAUAUAUUUUUGACUUAAACUUUCAAGGAAUAAAUCAUGUUGCUUGAGUUAGUUUUUUUUUGCCAUGGACAAAAUGUGAUUCUGGUUUGUCUUGGGAUGGUUAGUUGAAUUUUUGUGUGUUUUGGCAAACAAAGGUGUCCCUCUAAUCACUUUGAUGUCCCUCUGAUCAACGCUGAGGGUUUCAUCUAUAUAAUACUCAAUAGUAGUGCUAAAUUUGCAAUUCUUAAUUUAUCAAAAUGACAAUCCUAACUAUUUCAUCGCUUUGUGGUGGGUAGCAAAUUAUAAAAUCUUUAACAAAGUACAGAUUUUAACUUUGACUAUAAUCCUAAAUUAGCUGCUUCAUUAUAUGCUUUUGUGGCAAAAAGGCCAAAGACCACUCAGAAUUGCGAAGGCUAUAUUACAAGACGUAACAAUAUAAAGGAGAGCCUAGCUGUAACCCUGCAAAAGAUGUUAAAAGUGUUGAGGUAUUAGAGAGCAACUUUAUUUUGAAAUGUUUUGUUGAUAGUUUUUAAAGGUACUCUGUGGAGUUUUUGACCACUGGUGGUGCUGUAGAGAAAUGUUAUGAUAAGUGGAUCCUUGCUCCAGUAGCACGUGCACAAGGACAAAAGUACAGGACAAGCACAUGGUAUGACAUGAAAUGCACUUCCGCCAGCUACAGGAAGCAGCGAUGUGUGUCUCAACAGGUGGUGUCAUGGUAACUUGGCAUAGAAGUGCCACUGAACCGAUUAGAGACAAUAACACUGUAAACUGAUGCAAAAAGUGCAGGCUUCCAAACAAAAGAAAAGCCUUUGAAAUGUUGUGUGAGGUAUGGAAUUGUUUGAUAAGCCUUAAAGACAAUGUUUUAAGCAGUUUUGAAUGUAAACCUAACUAUGUUCACAGUGGAAACUCCAUAGGGUACCUUUAAACAGUCAUCUUACUAAAAACAUGAAUAACAUGUCAGGAAAUUGAUUUCUUUGUGUUUGUUUGCAUGAAAAUGUGAUUUCACUGAUUAUUCCUUCCCAUGAAAAAGCAAAAAUUACAACAAAAAAAAGAAAACAGCAGAACAGUAAAAAUGUCUUUCAAUUCACAUCUUUUUGGUUUACUUACACAUAGCCUACUACUGUACUCACAUCAUGUAAAACAAAAACUCAAUCUAUCCAGAGUGUUUGAGAAAAAACUCAGUGCAUAUAAUGCCUUGUCUUUAAUUUUAUUUAGUUAAGCAGUUUAUAUUUCAUCUGUAAGCUCUUUUUUUCUGCUGCAUUGCCUGCAUUUGUUAAGCGAGUACACUAAAUGUCUCUCUUAUCAAACAGUUUUCAGCACCCAGCCGCUUGUUGCAAAUCUGGUAGAUGUUGAUGACCCUUAAAGCAACAUUUCACGCAAUUUUUUUCUUCAAGUUUAAUAAAGAACAAACACAUUUCCUUGCAUCUUGAAGCCAUUGAUACACCCCUGCCACUGGACUGUCCUGCAUUUUAUCCCAGAAAUUGUACAAUUCAUGAUGCGGCCCUUAAAUGAUGCUGAGACUUAUUUCAGAAAAUUAUAAAUGUAGAAAUUAACAUUUUUUAAGAGAAAUUGCUGUAGCUGGAAUGUUAGCAGAUUAUUGACAGUGAUUUGGCUGUGAUUUGUCACAUCUGGGUGUUUUAUAUUAAUUCCCUUUCCUCAACAAAAGAUUUACCCAAAAAAAAGAAGAAAAAAAAGAGAAAAAAUCCCCCCAAGCAUCUAUUCUCUCCUUGUUAUAAUUUUUCAUGAACUGAAAUACCUCAUAACAUUUAUAGGAAGUGUUUUUGUGUCAUGCUAUGUAGAUCCAAACUGUUCAGAAAGCAGUUCACUUUAAUCAGAGCCGUUUUCAUACGGUUCUCCCCAAAUAGUACAAAACAAGUAAUGAUUUAGGUGGCUACUACAAAUGAUAAUUUAUAUUAGCAACUAGGAACACUAUUGGCCUUGUUGUGUAAGCUGAUCCACCCCUCACAAACAGUGUCCUCAGAUGCUCACCUGUGUAAUUUCACCAACUUUUUCCACUUGUGUGAUGCUCACUUAGCUCCAAUCUAGAAUUGUUGAAAGUUCAGGGUUUUAGAAAUGUGAGAUGUGUGAGAAAAUAGGUGUGACUAAAUGACAAUAGUCAUAUGCACUGAUCAUCUGUAUAAUCAGCUUUUUUUUUCAGAAAAUUGUUAUUGUAGAAAAAAAGAAUAUAAAGCUAUUUACAGAGUUACCUUUGGUUGCCUGGAAUGCAUCCUGUAUAUUCUUGUACGGAGGACUACCUGGCAGAAGUUGAAGAGAUUUUAAAAUGCUUGCGCCCUCUUGUACAUAUUGAUGUACCUCAGUGGUGGCGUUUACUGUGUGACCCUUAGCAGUGGUGGUUUUAUUUGUCCCCUUGCAGGGCGACCUGAGCCUCACUUUGCUGACCUUUUUCAGCUCAUAAAUAAGCUCACCGAUUUGCCUUACCCAAUCUCAUGUUGCCCCCUAAAGUACUUGUUCAACAAAACACUAUGAGGAGUAAUGCUGCUGACGUUACACUCUUACAGAUUAAAAACUGUCUCCAUGUUAGGGUACUUAAGCUAUCAACAAAGUGACUUUGUCCUGGUUGUCACAAGGUACAACUUUUCAACCAUUGCUGGUUUGUAUGCUUUUUUUUUUUCCUAUCUUAUUGAAUUUCGGUCUUGAAAGCUUAUUUAACUUUCCACUGCAGAUGAUGUCAUACUUUUAACAAAUGCAAGUGUUUUAACAUGGUAACCUCGUAAGCAUUCAAAAUGUGCAUACAUACAUUCAUGUCUGCUAUAUUUAUGAUUACCUUCAAGAAUAGCUUUAGAGUGCUGUAGAUAAGUAUUGUCAAUGUUUAUUCAAAUGCUUCUCAGAGGCCUCUGUGAGUGAUUUUACAAAGUUCAAUAACUGUAUAUUUUGUAUUAUGUUCUAGCUCCAAAGGAAUGGCAAAAAAGGAAAAUGUUUAAAAAAGCUUUGUUCCCUGAACUAAAUUGUACUAUUUGUGUUGUUGAUUGAACAAAUUGCAUUCCUUGCUUGUGAAUUGAUGCAUUUUUCUCCUUGCUCCUUAAAAAUUUUCCCCUUCUUUCCCUCCUUUCUUUCAUUUUUUAGCCUUUGAAGUUUGAAUAAAAUUUCUAGUUUGCAGAAUGUAUUACUAAAUAAAUGGGUUGUCAUCUUGUA